UACGAAUCACGCGGCAUUUGCAGAUGAUGCCCUUAUAGCACAAAGAAUGAACAAAGGACCCAGAGGAAAGCAAAGUAUAAUGCGGCCAACAACUUUUAUUGAUGCUAAUGGUCGACAGAGGGAGCAAACAAUGGUAUUUGAAGAGGAUUACUUUGAUCCCGAUUUGAGAGGAAAGCCAAAAGGAAUAAAAAAGGUGUUAGAAGAAAGAGGACUUUUUAAAGAGGGAUUAAAUUUGGAUUGCUUGGCAUGUAAAAAAAAGAAUGAUUCAGGUAGAACGGAUUGUUACUUGAGGAAGAUUAUGGCCUCUCAACCAGAUUUUGUUGCCCAAAAGUCCGCCGUUGUGGAAUUAAUCGAAGAUGCCGGCCAUAUCUGCAUUUUUUAUCCAAAGUUCCACUGUGAACUUAAUUUUAUCGAAAUGUAUUGGGGAGCAGCUAAGAGAUAUGCAAGAGAUUACUGCGAUUACAUAUGGACCGGCUUGCAAGAAACUGUUCCACGAGCACUUGAUUCAGUAGACAUUGUUACGAUUAGAAGGUUUGCUCGCAAAUCAUGGAGAUAUAUGGAGUUGUAUCGUGAGGGAUUGACAGGAAAAUUGACGGAAUAUGCAUGUAAAGAAUUUAAAUCGCACAGAAGAGUUCCUCAAAACGAAUUGGCUUCAUUUAUUCAAGAAAAUAGAGAAAUGGGCCCUGUUUAA